CUGUCUGUCCAGCACGAUGGCGGGGUUUCUGUUUCCGCUGUCUCUCUUUCACUGCGACUUUCGAUUAGAGAAAAGAAAGCAGUCCUAAGGCUUCAGAGCCCGUGACCGUCCAGCCCUCGAGAAAACGCGCCUUUCCGUGUGCCAGAGAGGGAGCCGCGUUUCUCGCCAAAGGCGUCGCGUCUCGGUGUUUUCUUCGACUGAACCGUCCUGACAUUUAUGCGGCGCGUGUUCCUCUGAAUUCGCCAGGAAAAACCACGUCAACGAUGGCUUUCUUCUCGUAGAACUCGCCGUCUGCGGCCACUGACGUCGCGGUCACAAAAACAGAAGCAGGCCGGGGUCCGUAAACCCAGCGCGCGGGCGGGACCGGUUGCUGUCCGAGGCAGCCGAGAGAGGUUUUGUGGUCCGUUUCUUUGCGAAGGACUCCGAAAAGGAUCUUCGCAGAGAAGAAUUAAACACAGGUGUUUCGGGUCUCCGAUAUAUUUUCCACGCGUCCCAGCGAAGCUUUUCGCCUCCAAUUUCGCCCCGAAGCGCGAGUGUGUCUCGCUCGAGAACGAGAGUUAUGCGAGAGAGAGUGCGAGUCCCGAGUUCUCUCCCUUCUUUGGGGAUCCGAGAAUGGCCGUUUUCACCGCGAAGGUUGUCUCAGAGUUUUUCCACUUUGUGUCAAAGGCGUGUGUCUUCCGGUUUCCCGUCGCUCUCCCUGCGACCCGCCGUGCGGCUCGACGGCCGUCGAAACCGGGAAGUCGUCCAAUCCCUGUCUCCAGGACCUCGCCCCGUCCCUGGAACAGCUGCGUAGCGGUCAGAAUUCACACGCUGAACCUCCUGAGAGCUUCCUUUCUCUCGCGGUAGUGAAGGAGAGAGAGAGCAACCACACCGUCGGUCGUCCACUGAGAACUCUGUUCCUGGAGAACCUGCGGGUACUGAGAACUUUCGACUUCCACGACACUCCAGGUUCCUGCCCGUCAAGAUGGAAGAGGAUGUCGAGGGAACGUCGGUAGUUCUCUCUCUGGGUUGUCGGAGUCCGUUGGAAGAGUUUUUCGGCGAGAACGCUGGCGGUUUGAGUGCGGCGACCCGCCGCAUUUCGCGCUCUUCGCUGCUGGCGUCGAAACUCGGCGACGCGGCUUCUCAGAAUACUGCUUGCCAGACAGAGUCUUCCAUCAUCUUCGACGGAGAGGGAUCGCCUCGGUCAGACGGCGACUCGACCCGGGGGAACAGUCCGCCGUUCCGGUCUUCAGAAGACACGCUAGACAAAAGAUUCGACCAGCGCGCGCGCGGUGAAGCCUGCGCGUCGUGUGAAGCUCUGUCCCGAUCUUGCGGAGCGUCUUGCACACCGUUGCGCGACGAGGAAGAACCGGAUCUCGCGUGUGACGCGACGCCGCUCGUGGUGACCUUGUCGCCGUCGAGCGCCUCGGCUCAGGUGUACAGACACCUCGUGUUCGUGUACGGGACGCUGAAGCGCGGAAUGCCGAAUCACCAUAUCUUCACCCGCAUCGCAAGCGAGGCGUCGCUGACCGACCAGAAGGCGGAAUGUGUGUUGGAGAGAAAGGCGAACUGCGCAAGUCAAGCCGCAAGUCAAGCUGUGGGCGCUGCCGGGUCUCCGGACGCGCUCCGCGAGUCUUUAGAGGAGGCGGCGGAAGGUCUGGACGAAACGGAGUCUCCCAGACAAGUCGUGUACCUCUUCGACGCAGUGACCACGGAGCCGUAUCCUCUGUUUAUGGAUGCGAACCAGCGAUACCGGCCUUGUCUGUUCGAUGCUCGCGGCCUCGGGCAGAAAGUUCGGGGAGAAGUCUACGCCGUGACAGACGAGAUUCUCCAGUCUCUCGACACCUUCGAACGAGUUCCCCACCACUACAGGCGACGCUCCAUUCGCGUCCAGGUGGUGCCGGACUCUGCUCCCGCAGGCUCGCCGAGCGAAGUUUCUGCCCAUGUUUACUUCAACGUCCACGCGGACGUUCUCGCGAGGGUGUUGAACCUGGAAGGAGGCGCGAAGCGGUGUGAGGAAAAAACGCGAGGCUGCGCAGCGAAGGGUGACGCAGCCGAGGAGGUGACUUACAUUCACAACUACGACUCGUCGCAUGCACAGCUCUACGUCCCGCGCUUCAAGCCUCCAGACGACUGUUCAACGCUGUGCCUUCCAUCUGCCAAGGGGAUCUUCCGCACCGCAACGGGCAUCGGUUCUCUGUCGGAAGUCUACCCAGCGAACGCCGACAUUCGCAGAUCGAGAACGCUGCCGAGUCUGCCGACACCAGAGUAGAACUCGGAGUUCUCUUCAAGUUUUCACUUCUCAAGCAUCGAGCGAAAAAUCUGCCACUGCUGGCGUCACACAGAAGCUCGGCGUGGACGAGGGAUGCCAGUGAUUUACUCUCGGUCGAGUUUUGAUCAUCGGGAAGAGAAGGCAGCUUCGACAGGGAAAGGCAUUUCGGAGGCUGCUUCCGGAAAAGGCGUUGAGAAUUCAGAAGAAAAAACUGUCUCUGAGGACAAGAACCGUAGACGGAAAGGGGAAGAACUCUCUCAGGUGCUGUCUGUAGAGAGGCAGAAAACAUUUGAGGUGGUUGACUCGGAGUGACUUUUCAGGGGGCGGGAACGCUUGAGGAGAAGGCAGUGCCGGAGGCGGCCAGAGAUCUGCAGAAGCAUGCAAAAAGAGAGGUUUCUCGUCUUCGAUCUUGACGAGAACAGUGGAAAAAACAGACAGGUUUUUCUGGUGGGUCUAGAAGGGCAAAAGAGAGACAAAGGUUCUCUUCAUAGAAGGACUCUUCGGCGUUGGAAUCUGGAGAUCCACGUGCCGGUUGAGCCCUCUCAGGGUUCAUCGUUCGCAACUUUUCCUUUGCUGUUGUGUUGAUCUUGUCACUAAAGUUUCAGCCAAGUUC